GAUAUUUUACAAAUGGCGUCCGUAGRAACCAAAAUUUUCAAACUUUGAAACUUCUUUAUAAUUUAAUAUGGUAUAAAAAUGUUUUGUUGUUAUUUCUAGCACGGAUUUUGAAGAUCAGGAAGUUCUUUGGAAGACUAGUAUUAAUAAAGUUUGGGAGUCAUCUACAAUACUAUAGAAUUUUUUGUUGUUUGUAAAAAUAUAAGGAGGAAAUAUGAAGAAUGCUGCUUCCUCUUCGGCAAGCGAGUCGAGAAUGGAGGCCAGAGCAAGGGAUCAUGAGCUCAAAGUCAUCAGUGAUCGGAUCACUUUGAUUGACAAGCACUUUGCAGCUUUGUCCAAAGAUAUUCUAUCAUAUAACACAGCAAUGGAAAGUGUCCAAGAAAARGGAGUAAGAUUAUCUACAACACUAGAUGCAUAUGCAGAACAGGAAUUCCCCUCAGUCAGAAAUGCAGUUCAGCAGGUUUCCGAGUGUGUGGCUUCUGCCCAGGAUUUCUUGGGAGCUGAGAUCAAUUAUUUGCACACCAAAGUAGCCCAGCCUCUAGCACUGUAYGCAACAAACUGUAAACAUGCACGAGACUACACCAAAGGCACAACGACGUCAAGGGAUAAGGAACUGGCUAAGUUAAAAGUGGUUGAGAAAAUGAAAUCAAAAGAUCCCAACAACACAUCAAAACUUUCUCAGCUUGAGCAAGAACUUCAAAAGGCAACUGUUGAUUCAGCAAGGGCUCGMCAAACUAUGGUGGACCAGAUGAUCACAUUUGAGAAAAAGAAAAUUGAAGAUUUGAAGAAAAUGCUAGGUGAUUUCUUUCAUGGCCAUUUGUUAUUUCAUGCCAAGGCUCUUGAGAUUUACACACAUGCCUAUCAGAGUUUGAUGGUYAUUGAUGAAGAUCAAGACUUAGAGGCAUUUGAAAACUUAUUGCACCCUGCAACAAUCCCAACCAGACUGGGUUCCGGCAGUAGAGCUGGUUCACAAACAUCACUACAGUAUGGCUCUCAAGGYUCUCUUCUUGGAUCACAACUGUCACUUAACAGAACUAGCCAGAGUUUACAAAGCCAAGGCACUAUGUAGUCACACAAAAUUUCAUGGCUACAUUAUAACAAGGGUUAAUUUUUUUUUCUUGUAAUAUAAAUUAUGUACACCAGAACCUGAAAAUAAGGCUAUUGCACACAUUCACAAAAUCCAUGUAUAAUCCAGUUUCGAAUUCUCCAAUGCUCUGUGUUAGCCUCAUUUGUGCGCAAAAUAUUCCUUAUUGUGAGCGUAAAAGUGUGAGAUUUCAAAUCAAUUUAUUGUCUUUCUUCACAACAUUCCAUGCGUUUUCUCAAGCUAUCAAUGAAACAAAAGAAUAUGUUACUUGGUUUUGAGGCUAACACAGAGCAAAUCAGAACUCUAAAUUGGAGUAUUGCAACUCCUGCAUUUUCUAUCCAUUUAAUGCCAAAUGAGGGCUGAUACAACAGUAUUGUUGAACAUCAGAAUUUUGUUAAGACAAUGAAUUUGUCACUGCACUAAGAAUUAUUAACUAAACUAAACUAAACCUUUAUGAUUAUUUCAUAAAGGACUUCAAUUAAAUCACAAUCAUAAUUUUGGAAACUCUCUUAUAUUUUCCAACCCUCCCACCUCACUAAUCUUUACAAGGUACUUAAAGUCCUCGAUUAGAAAAAAAAAAAAAUGCAAAAUACCACUGAGGUUAAGCAUAAUAUCACACACAUGAAUACUAUUAAAUUUUUCUAUGUGUAACAUACGUAUGUACAAUGAAUUGUUCGUACAUUUGUAUACUUUAAAUAUUUAUUGCAAAGCAAGUGCACUGUUGAUAUGGAAUUUUUUUAUUGUUUUAAACAACUUGAAUUUACAUUAAAUUUAUUUAUUUGUU